ACAGUCCGUAGUUGAAUCUUGAACGAAGUAGACGUGUUUUUUUGUUCGACGUAGAUCACUCCCCGCAUUCGUUUUUACAUUUCUUUCGCAGUUGAAUGUUAUGCUGCUCACAGUUGUCUCAAAUUCUUUACUCCUCGCGCUGUGUAUGUGAGCGACGGGCUGAAGAUCUUUUACAACUCGGUAGUGGUGAAUUCAACGAGUUGAUGCAGCAGUGUGUUUUAGUUUUGCAGCCAGUUCGUAAAGUGCCUGACUUAUACAAGUACGAGCCGGCAGCUAUUGCAUACUGUGUUGUUUUUUCGCGCUCCGUUGCAGAUUCACCGCCGAUAGUGUUGGGUGAGAGACUUGUGAAAUAAUUAAACCAAAUACAGUGCAGUGCAACAGCAGAGUGUAAGACAUUUGGCACUGGGUGCAGUCAGUGUAUUACAAAAUAAGUGCCGUCGGAAAAUUAGUUUCGUUCGUCCGACCAUGGGAACGAAGAUAGAGUACGUCGACUCGAGCCACAUGUACGCGACCAACUACAUCAGGAACUCGAAGGCGAUCGCGGUGCUCUGGGCGAUCUUCAGCAUUUGCUACGCCAUCAUCAGUGUUGUCGCGUUCGUCACGCCUGAAUGGGUCGGUGAUUCGGAUUCGGAUGCCGGGGGACGGCUCGGUCUGUGGCAGGUCUGCCAGAAAGACGACCACCACGACAGCUGCAGCGGUAAACUGGAAGAUAUUCUCGCGAUGCAGUCAAUCGCUUUUCAGGUGGCCACAGUGUUCUGCGGUUUGGCGGUUGCCACAUCAGUACUCGCAAUCUGCCUUCUUCUGCUGAUGGUGUUUAUGAAAUCAACCACCGUCUUCCACAUCUGCGGUUGGAUGCAAAUGCUUUCCGCUCUUUGCAUGGUGAUUGCAUGUGUAUCAUUCCCGUUCGGCUGGAAUUCGGACGAGUUCAGGAAGGUCUGCGGCCCCGAAUCGAAUCGAUUCGAAGUUGGUCUCUGUGGGCUACGAUGGGCAUAUCCACUGGCAAUAAUCGCUUGCAUUGAUGGAUUUAUCCUAGCCACCCUGUCGUUCAUCCUAGCAACCCGUCACGUCCGGCUACAACCAGAACCGCAGUAUCAAAGCAGCAUGUACAAAGGUGAAAUCAACAACGCCUACGUCACGGAUGCCGUUAGUAUUGCCGGUUCGCGCAAGUCGUUGAACCUGCAGCCGGUCCUACUGGUUGCACCGCCUCACCAUCACAUGAUGACCGGUAACGACACGCUGUCCAGUCGGGCGGCAUCUCGUUACGGCGUUCCCCGGUCAGACUAUCACAGCUCACUGCAUCAGUUUCAGCUGUAAA